GAAUUAAUUCAGAUUAAAUAUGUCGGUUCAAAUGAAUGCGGGCCCUGACUAGCCGAAAUCGUUUCUGUGGAAACUGUGCAGUGGUUUUAUUAUAUUUUAAUAACUUCAAAAUGACUAUUGGGGUAUAUGAAGACAUAUAUAAUCCAGAUUCGAUCCAAGGAUGGCCCUUGUCACGGACAUUACCGGGCCUUUCCAUUGUCCUGAUUUUAUAUCUAGUUCUAGUAAAAAUAAUUUUACCUGCAUUUAUGAAGGGCAAGCCAGCGUAUGAGUUGAAAAACACAUUGAAGUUGUACAAUGCAUUUCAGGUCGCAUAUUCUGCGUACUUAGUGUUUAUUUACACAAGAUAUGCCCUUAGACACGGAGUAAUUGUAACGAAUUGUCCUCAAGGACAAGAAUUGCAAAAGGUGAUCGAAGAAAUCUAUCCAUAUUUCAUAGCCAAACAUCUGGAUCUUUUGGACACAGUGUUCUUCAUACUCCGCAAAAAGGAUAACCAGGCCACGUUUCUCCAUGUUUACCACCAUACGGCUAUGGUGACAUGGACGUGGUUGCAUUACGUUCACUAUCCCACAGAUAAUUUUGUCGUGGUGGGUUUGUUGAACAGCUUUGUGCAUGUACUCAUGUACGCCUAUUACGGAAUAUCUUCGCUGGGACCUGAAUUCGCCAAAUACAUUUGGUGGAAGAAGCAUCUGACUAAAAUCCAGCUAGUCCAAUUCAUUUUAGUAAUACUAAAUUUGUAUUACCAACAGAAACUGUCGCCGUGUCCUAUUCCGUGGUACUUCCAAUAUUACUGCACAGCCACCAUUAGUUGUUUCUUUGUUUUAUUUAUGAAAUUCUACAUCAACAGUUACAAUAAACAGAAGAAAAUAUCCGUUAAUUCAAAAAUUAAUUAAUAUGAAUAAAUGAUAAUCAACGAGAAAUGAAUUGAGUUUGUAUACGAAAUAUAUAAAAUAAAAAAAAUAUAUAUAUAAAAUAAAUAAAGUGAUAAUGAUUUAUGCUAAUAUAAUAUGCAUUGUUAAAUAAAUUAUAUAACGUUGGGUUAAAAGUCUCUAAUUAAAAAAAGAUUAAAAAAAAAUUUUACUAUAAUAUCUUUCAGAUAAUAAAAAUACGGUUAUAUGUGAUAAAUUAUUAAGUCGAGCUUUUCACUAGGACUACAGCAUGGAGUUCUUCAAGAAGUGUACAUUAAGGUUUUUUCAGCAACGCAUACAUGACACCCCUAGUGUUGCAGGCGUACAUAGGCUACAGUGAUUGUUUACCAUCAGACGGGGGUUUGCCACCUUUGUGGUAUAAAAAACUUAUCACUAAAUGUUUUUCUUUUAUGGAUUUAUUAAAAUGAUUCAGUUUCAUAAGUGCCAUUCUUAAUAUCAUAUACUCUCCCCUU